AUGGAAAGCUCCUUUGUUGAACUCCUGUACCUACCCUACAAUUCCUUCAAACUGGAUGAACUGAGUGAUGGCGAGAAAAAGCAGUGGAGUGCACAAGAUGACGAAGUACUCCUACGAUGUGGCACGACCGCACACAAGCGCCUGGUCGACUGUGAUCCUAUCGACUCAACUCACAGAAAACAAAUGCACACCCUAGAUCCGGUGAUCGGUCCACGUGCGCGGGAAUUUUUUGAACGACCGGAGCAGACCCCAGAGCUACUAGCAAAGGCAUUUGUGCAUUUGAAGAGGGGAGCUGAACGAUAUAAGGAAGUACAACAGUACACACCCUGGGCUAUCAAUAUGGUAAAAAUUGCAGACCUACCCAAAAAUUCCCUCCACCUAAGUAUGUCCUCUGGAAGUGAUCUCAUAGAGUUUAAGAAGGUAAAUAAAUGCUUAAUUUAUUAUAUUUUUAAUCUGAACGCAUUGGCCAUCCAGCCACCCUUGGUCUUAUGA